UCUCACAAUGCACUGCAAUGGCAACUCGACCAGGCUUUCAUCAACCUCACGAUGGCUACUAUAAGAUGAAUGAUAAAUAUGUGGCAUAAUUUUUAAUUUUCGAAUUACUCAAAAUAUUUACGUUCUAGACCUGGUCACCCAAGCCAGUGUCUCUGAUAGUGUUCCAUGUUUUACCUUCCACUGAGUCGCAAGGGACCACCAUUUUACACCUGGUCAGCCCAGCCAGUGUCUCUGAUCGUGUCCCAUGACUUACUAUCCACUGAGACGCAAGGGACACCCAUUCUACAUCUGGUCACCCCAUUCAGUGUCUCUAAUCGUAUCCCAUGGUUUACCUUCCACUGAGACGCAAGGGACACCCAUUCUACAUCUGGUCAGCCCAGCCAGUGUCUCUAAUCGUAUCCCAUGGUUUACCUUCCACUGAGACGCAAGGGACACCCAUUCUACACCUGGUCACCCCAGCCAGUGUCUCUGAUCGUGUUCCAUGGCUUACCAUUCACUGAGACACAAAGGCCGCCAUUCUAUACCUGGUCACACCAGCCAGUUUCUAUGGUGUCUCAUGGCUUACCAACUACAGCGCAAAUCAACCGUAUCUGUGUUUUUUAAGCAGAGAAAACAUUUCUAUGUCAUUAUGUCUUAUCCCUUAAUAAAGCCUUUGUUUACACUGCUGACGUACGACGUCACACGAACACGUUUUUAAUAUGACAAUUGAUUUGUCAUUACUACUUGCUUUAUUACUAUGAAGCUCUGUAAAAGAGCCUAGAAACCCCUCCAAGGAGUAAGCUAUCUUUUACCACACGUAUUAAUCGUACAUUUUGAAGAAUGAAGUAGGUUUCUUCUUUCAAAUGAUUGCUGUCAAUAGAGACCAUGAUGAUCCCGCCAAGCAAUGGUUUCAAGGUCAGUUGGUUUGUAGUUUGCUUCCAAGUUUUGCUAGCGUCUUUAAAUGAUUGGUCUAUGGCUGAAACCGGUGUGUUGCUACACAAACAAGACAGCGAUGCGAAAUGGCAAUGGAUAACAAUGUACAAAGUCGGUGCUGGAUCUGGGUGGUCGCGUCAAGGCAAUCCUGRUAGAUACGUAGUGUGUGAUAUCCCAUCGACUCGGACCAAUAACACUAACAGCUGGUUGGUAUCAGAUUUCAUCCAAUCAGAAGGCGUACAAGAAGUGGUUACGAGUCUAGCCUUCACUACAAGACAGUGUCCCAAUUCCUACCCUUAUUGUGUACAAUAUUUCAACUUAUUCGCCUUGUUUACUGAUAAUGAAAUUGCUGGAGGAAUUCCAUCAACUUUCGUAAAGGAAGGAAAACUUAGUUUUAUCGCUAACGUGACUGGUAGCGUGACAUGGAACGGAAGCGUCACGCCUCAAGAUAAUAAAGUAAACGUGACGUUUUUACUUCCAAAGAAAGGCUUUUAUCUCGCAUUUCAAGACAUAGGAGCCUGCAUAUCACUAAGAGAGGUUAUCAUCACAUACAAGUAUUGCCCUCUUGUGACAACCAAUGGCGCGACGUAUAAUAGAACCUUUUCACCAGCUUUGCGUGACCGUGACAAAAAUGUGACAGGAAAGUGCUUAGAUAAGUCAUCAGUUUAUUCGAGGAGUUCGUUACUUGUUGGGAAAUGCCAGGGAAACGGUGAAUGGGAAAUAGAUAAAGAUGCAAUGUGCCUUUGCAAUCCUGGGUUUGAAAUGCAUCUUGGAAAGUGUAGAGGUUGCCCUAGCGGAGCCUACAAGAGUAGUCACAGUAACCAUGUAUGUAGCCAGUGUGCGAGCCACACCUAUCCAUCCAUGUCACGUGAUAGGUGUGACUGCGAUAACGGAUACUACAGGGCUGUGGAUGAUCCUAAAAAUAGCUCAUGCACAGCGCCACCUAGUUCUCCGGUAGACAUAAAAACGAGUUUCAAAGCACAAAACGUUGCCAUAGUGAUAUGGUUACCACCAAUCAGCAAUGGAGGACGUAAUGAUAUCACGUAUGACGUCAUAUGCAAGCAAUGCACCAGUGGUGUCUGUGCUGUACCGUGCGAUGACGUAUCAUUUUGGCCAGCGAAUCAGAGCCUUUCAUUUACCCACGUGACAAUUACGGGUGUUAAAUCGCGAUUGUCGUAUCGCAUUACCAUAUUGACAAAGAAUGGUGUCAGUGAUGUUGCGGGCGUAAGUUACCAUAGCAACGCCAGUGUUAUGCUAACAAUCCCAGAAUACACCUCGAACGUUGGAACAGCAGCAGAGAUUUCCGGCGACRAUUCCAGGAAGACCAACACAGCCAUUGGUGUAUCUGUAGCCUGUACUUUUCUUUUUUGUCUCAUCGUUGGGUUUCUGCUCGCCGCAUUCUUCAUCCAUAAACGAAAAGAGAAUAGAGUUCUUUUUAGUGCUAGCGGAAGAAACAACGACUACGAACGACAAAGGAAUGUAAGUCAGGCAACAAAUGAAACAGAACUACAAUCAGUAGAACAAGACAGCAAUGUGAACUCGUUAUCCAGCAACUUUGACAUCCAAAAAGAAACCCUUGAUAUUUCUGAAGUCGAAAAAACUGUUCCCGAAGUCAAAGUACAAAGAUCGACAUCUCCAGGUGUUCAAUGUAUUGUGAACGAGUGGUGUCAUGAAAAAACAGAAGACGAAUCAGGUGUGCAAAGCCAAAAAUUAGAAUGUCAGACAAAACCAAAGACAGGCAGUUGUGUGUCUGUUAGAAGCUGGUUUCCACAACAAGACGUCCAGUAUGGAAUAUAGGAGUAAAUAAGUAUAUAGGUAAUAGGAAGUCAAAUGAGUCAGUUGAUAAUGAAGUCAGUUCUUAAUUGAAGAAUUGCAAAAACAGGUCUCGUGACCCUAUUUCCGUCUCAAAUAAACACUAAAAUUGUAAAUAAGCCGAAUAUACUCAAAUUAACCGUCUUAGCUCGUAAGGUAUCUAAAAUGGGGACAGUUGUCUUAGCUAUUUUCCUAAUGGCUCCAAGCAUGCGCAAUGCAGAUUAUAAGUAUUGUAAAUGUAUAUGAUUACCGGUGUACGAAUUACCAUUCAAUUUCCGAAGACCAUAAUAGUCUCCUUYACAGUUCCCUGCGCCAUCUUGAAAGGUAGCCGUGCUUUUGACAAUUAUUCACGUCUCUAUCAUUACAAGCUCACCGUACUUCUUCGAUGCAAAGGCACGGCUACCUUCAAAGAUGGCGCAGGGAACUGUGAAGRRGWCUAUUAGUCUCGUAAAGCAUGUUGUAGCUAUUUAAGGUUUCAAUUGCUACUACUAAAAAUAUAAAUUAUCAAUCAAUAAUUAAUUUAAUUACUAAUUAGUUAAUAACUAUUAAUUACAUAUCAUAUCUUUUUGAAAAACAUAUAUCAACAAUAAUUAUUCAUUAAUAAUUAUUAACUAAUUAUUAUUAAAUCAAUUGAUCAUCACAUGUUAUAUCUCCUU